AUGGAUGAGAAUCCUGACAGUGCUCUGUACUAUGGGCAUUUGGGACGGCCUGUCUAUCUUCCUGAUGCGAAGGCCUGGACAUUCACUCGGUCCUUGGCUAGAGUUCCCUCGAUCCAAUAUACUGGGGUGACCAAUACCAAGGUGCCAUCAAAUAAUUACACAGAAGCGCGACCAACACCGAGGGUGCCCGAAAAGGAUGCCGGGAAGCUCAUCGCAAGCUCCCACCCCGAACUAGCAGCCUCAUGGUCUUCCUUUCGCCAAGAACCUUUCUCAAAAGCUGUGAUCAACACAACCGAAAAAUAUGAUCCAGAGGUUUCUUCACUUUUUGACCUCGGCUAUGCCAUCGAUCUGAGGCACCGCGAUAGGAGGAUUCGCUCGAUCCCAAUCGCGGUGGCCGUGAGCGGAAAAUGUCGCAAUAUGAUAACGUUCCGAACAAUAGAGGAGGAAACACUGCAUCUGCCUAUGGAGGAUUCCACUAUGCGUGCCCCGUCAAUUGAUAACACAGAAAUGACUGAAUGGUCCAAGUGUGGCGCGCCGAUUCGUCAGGUACACUUUGCCCGGCCCUUGGAGGAGAAGCCUAUAUUUAUGGCCGCUCGUCUUCCCACAUCAACCACAAUCUUCCGACCUCUCUAUCACUGGGAUCCGGUGCAUAUGCACUUCCCAGCGGAUGUCAUGAUGAGAUCCUCAAAGCCUUUACAGAACUCUCGACUUGAUGCAAAUCCGGUGGUGGAUAUAUCGAUUGCGGAAACGGGCGGCUUCUCGCAUGCCGAUGUUGCAUUCAAUCCUUGGUAUCAAAAGCAAGUUGGCAUUGUAGAUGUCAAAGGUAACUGGUAUGUCUGGGAAAUCACAGGUAGGCAGCGGUCAAAAAAGGCUACUUGGUCAGCCAUGCCUGUGCGGAAGAAUACACUGCCAUCAGUGAAUCAUAAACUCAAGUCGCGCCGCCCUCAACUUGAUGGUUGGGCAAGUAUCGAGUGGAUAGUUGAUGUUGGAACAAUACUUGUCGCCAAUCGCCACCACAUCAUGAUCUAUCCAAUUGUUGAUACCCAAAUCCAACCACGUACGGUUGAACUAGGGAUGUCAAAGCAAUCCGAAUGGGUUCUGGCAGUCCAACGAAACCAACGCAAUCCUUCGCAGUUCUUUGUGCUGACGACAGCUCGGAUACUGUGGUUUGAUGCUGGAGUCUUGUCUGGCGACGAGCAAACGAACUCAUCGCUAUAUCCUCGUCUCUCUUGGAAACACUUCAGAGAUCCGGAAGAUACAACAUUGCGAUUGACUGAUCUAGUUGUAUAUCAAGACUUGUACUUGGUUCUAUACUCACAGCUCACUCCAGUUGUGCAGAUAUUUCCAUGUCCAUUCAUAGCCGACGAACAGACCGAGGCUCUAUCAGUUUCUGAUCCACUCAUUCUCGAUGCACCACUUCUGGCGGAUAUAUCGCCAGUGCGAGAGUCGCCUGUGAGAUUUUCAUCAUUUAUCUUCAAAGAAGUUGCCCACAUGGCAGCGCUGAUCAAGGAUGACCACAAACCUCAUUUGACCGUCAUCAAGCUUUUUUGGAUGGAUUCUAAUCUUGCUGUCCAUGAAUCAACCUUCAAAGGACCUCAAGGAGACCCCGACGACCCGGAUUUAUAUCGCGAAGACAGCAUCCUGCGACCGAGGAAGCGAUAUGCUCCAACAAAAGUUGGCAAAGUCGACGAUAGCUUCAUCGUGGAUGAUUGGGAUGAAUCAGUGGUACCGCAACAGAUUGUUCAUCGCCCCAAAAGCAAGAAAGCUCCCACUCGGACAGGCUCGGAUCUUCAAUGGACACUAGAUUUCUCAUACAUCUAUGAUAUGGUGAUAGGCAAAGCAGAAAUCAUCCAGACGAAGUCAAACCAGAAAAAGAGGCACAAGCCAAAGCCAAGGUCUGUGGACGAGUUAAUUGCGAGUCUACAAAGCGAUAUUAAACAAUUAACGACAAAGCAAUCUCCGAGCGAAACAUUGGUCGAGAUGGGCGGCAAUAGAAGAAUCUUUGGGGACGACCUCGACCAAAGCGCGGAUGAUGUGAAGCAUCUCGUCUCAGAACUCAUACCCGAUUCCCAGGACUCUGACGCCAAAUUUCGAAUCCUGACUUUGCCGCUUCGAUUCCCGAAAGAAUUGCAGGACUUUCCGGUCACUCUAUCAGGUGACGCCGACAUAGGGCUUCUUCAAACAUAUGAUCGCCUAGUCGAUGAUUGGAUGUCCAGUCUCUCUCACCAUAUCCCCACGCACACGCGCAUUAUGAAAGAAAAAGUCAUUCGAGGAAUUGCUGCCGAUCUUCUUCUAUCACGUCUUGUCGGCAUCUCCAACACGCUGGAUGACGUGACUCAAGAUCAAAAUGAAAAGGCUGUGGCACAGAAGAAUCUUCUACAUUCGGGCUACUUGCCAUCAUCACAAUUUUCUGCAAGUCAAGUGCCAAUUUCUAGUGCCUUUGGUUCCCAAAGGAACCCGGGACCGGUCAAUCAAUCGAAAUACGCUGCAACACCAGCCCUGAGAGGCCUCUCAGCAUUUACUACUUUUAAGACCCCUCGUGCGACCCCCCGAAAUGUGGAAAAUUUACUUUCUCACUGGUCAGUGGGAAGCAAUCCCUCUCAAUAUGUUUGGAAGAGAAUUGAAGACGAAGAGACACGGCGUGCCUCAAGGGCCAACACACCCAGAAACAGACGAAAGAAACGCUCUCAGACUCGCGACUUAUCCCUUCCCCCAACCCCAGCUGUGCCCACGGUCCGGGCAUGGGGAAGUCAGCCAGAUGGUCCUCCACGCAUCAACCUUACAAGCAGUCAACCCAUGGAGGGCGUCUCAAUGACUCAAACAGAGCGAGGAGUCUUCGGAGCCCGCGAUCCCUUCAAGAAGCCCAAACCCAAGAGAAAGAAGCGUGCAGCAGGAUUUUAA